UCAAGGAUUUUAUUGAGAGUUUUUCAGCAUACACUUUGAAACAUACCACACAGGACUUUUGUCAGAGGAAAUUUCUCAAAGAAGAUCUUUUAAACAUUGUAAACACCUGUCUGAUAAGGUUUUAAUCUGUGCAGUGUCUGCAACGCAUUUUAAAACAAACAUUUACUUUCAAAACGUGAACCGAAAUGAUGUAUCCGUCAUUUCUUGUGGUGCUAAACAAGCUGCUCUAUUCAACUUUCAGCGCAGACUGAAGAAAUGUAAGAACAAUCCGAACAUCAUAAAUGUUGAAAAAAGGUUCACUUUUAUAAUGCACAGGACAGUAUCUACCAGCUGCUGCAGUUAAAGAGACAACAGAUGAGUUAAUAUAAAACUAACUCAUCUGCUGUAAAUUGAAGUGCAUCAAUACUGCACAUCGACUCCAAAAUACAUGAUAUAGGAAAAUACAUAAUAUAAGAAUAGGUGUUGUACGUAUUUUCAUACACUAUCUUUUUGAUAAACAACACACUGUGGAUCAAUAAAUUAUAGCCGUCUUAUAGUCGACACAAUCUUUUGUACGAAUUUCGAUGUGAUGCCAGAACACCACCAAGGUUUUGGUGACUUCCCACACUGCACUGGAUUUGUCUCUGUCUGGGAAUUCACCUCCAAAAAAUAAUCAACCCCUUUUAGCUAUUUUCUGUAAAAGAAAGCCUUUCCAUUAGCCAUUAGGAAAAACUAAAACUAUGUACUUUUCUUUCCUCUUUUUAUCUCAGAUGGAAAGAACUUGGCAGAUUUGUCCUUCAAAGGCUCAGCCAUGAGAUGCUAAUGAAAACCAAGUGGAAGAUGAAAUGUACUGUAAAUAAUAACAUAGUGAUUGUAACUGUAAAAACACUUAUUUGAGGAGCGGGACCUUAUUUCAUAAUCUCAUAACCUGUGAUGAAACAAAACUAAAACAAAGGAAAAUGUUUUCCUGAAGACGUCCCACCACUUGUCCAAGCGGCUUCCUCAGGUCUAAUCUGUCCACUAGUCAUGAGUCACUAGUCAUUUAAAUAUAUAUGCAAUAUAAAAAACAAAACAAAAAAGAAACAAACAAACAAAAAAAAGUGAGGAUAGUGGGGAACCAUCGUCUUUGAGGAGGAAAAAAUCCUGAUUGACGGUGAUCGGUGAUCAGUUAAAAGUUUGGUGAAAUCGAAUCAAAGAAAAACAGUAGAACUCAGAGCUACGUUUAAUAGCAUUUCCACACGUACAAUGUGGAGGAAUCUCAAGGGACUGGGACUGAACAGCCGUGGAGCCUUAAGAAAACCACUAACCAGUGAGGCUAACCUGUAAAAAAGGCUUCAUUUUGCUGUGGAGCAUAAAGCUUGGACUCUGGAGCAAUGGAAGAAGGUCAUGUGGUCUGAUGAGUCCAGAUUUACUCUGUCCCAGAUUGAUGGGGCAUCAGAGUGAGAAAAAAAGGGAAAUGAAGUCCCAUCAUACCUAGUACCAGUCUGUGGGGGCAGUGAUAUGAUCUGAGGUUGCUGCAGUUGCUCAGGUCUAGGUUCAGUAACAUUAUAUAAUUAAAAUAUUAUAAAUGAGACACGAGACAUCAUCUUAACACAUGGAUUGGCCACCACAGAGUCCAGACCUUAACCCCAUUGAGAAUCUUUGGGAUGUGCUGGAGAAGGCUUUGAGCAGUGGUCAGAUUCAUCAAUACAAGAUCUUGGAGGCACAAUAAAUGGCAUUACAAUGGAAAGCUUGCUGCCUAAAUGCUAGAAAAAGUACAAAUGUAAAUGAAAAGAUACUCUGGGGUGAUUCUUUUGUGACUGUGAUAAAGCACCCAACAUUUCCAGUGAUGAAAGUCUCGACGGUAGGGCCUUAUUUUGCAUGUUUCCUUGUGUUGUUGAGCCGAAAUUCAUUGAAACUGUCGCAGUUAUUGCUCAUCAAGAGACUCUUCAAAUAUUCCCUUAGGACGAAAAGUCAAGAAGUUUCAGGUGUUAGUCAUUGUAAGAGCUGCCCACUUUUACUAAAUAAACGAAACUUAAAGUGGUCAUGUUAACAUGUAUAAAUAAAGUUAAACCAAUUUGCACUGAUGAAGAUUUUACGUUUUGUUUGUUGUUUUCUUUCAAUAUCUGUGUGUGUGUGUGUCUUGUAAAAGUUCUGCCCGUUCAGCGUUGGCAGAAAGUUUUUUAUCCCAUUCAAAUAAAGAUGACUGACGAGAGAUGAGCUUGAGGAAACUAGGUUUCUCCUUGAACAACUUCCUCGUGCUGAAUCAUGCUGAUUACCACAAGAAAGAGACAGGGAAAAAAAUGAGAAAACUCCAGAUCUGUCUGAAAGUGAAACAAACUGAUCUAAUACGUAUAUAUACUGUAUGUGAGCCUCACUGAAGCAUGAAGGUAUUUUGACUUGCUUAGAGUGGCGUUCAGUGCUCCUCCAAGAUGGCUAUUUGGUGGUGGGCUCUCAUCCUCCCUUGUUGCAUGCUAAACUGUGUGGAGUCGUCGGCUGCAUCCUCGGUUCUCCAGAGAAAUAAAUACAAUCAUGCCUUUCGUCACACGAGAUCUACAAAAACCCGCGUGCAACAGCUGUUGAGGAAAUAUAAGCAAGAGCAGUUGGGGAGUGAGUCGUUUGAGGACAGAAGCCGGCAGUUAAAGGACAUGCCUUUGCUUUCUACAGACUUCUACAGCUGGUUGAAUCUGACGGACUGGGAUAGACUGCAGGCCGCGUUGAAGGACAUGCAAACCUACUGGAACAUGCUAGAGGGGAAGAGGAAACAGCUGGAGGGGGAGAAGGAGCAGAUGGUGGCACAGACCACUUUAUCUCAGAGUAUUAGGGACAUUCAGCUGGACUUAAGGGACCUGAUGAGACAUGUCAGCAGUCAGAUGAGUUUCGCAGGGAGAUCGCACAAACCAGUGUCUUUUUCGCCCUCGAGCCACGAGGGAGGCUCCAAAACCACAUGGGACAGCCGAGUGGAGGGCUACGUCAUUCUGAGGGACCUGGAUCUUUUCCUCAUUAAGCUGGCACGAGAUUUCCUCUUAAUGGCUUCAAAAACACACUCAUGACUCAUCACUGACGAAUGACAACACAUGCCCGAGCUCAAAAAUGACGACUCGGCAUCUAAAAGAAAAUUGGAAUUAGAGUUGUGAUAACUUUUAUCAGUGCUUUAGUGGUGUUGUCAAUACUUUACACGUUGCUCUUAGUUCGGUCUGCUUUUUUUUUUUUU